GUCGUCCAACUGUGAGCUUUCGAGGUUAUUCGCCUGCAAUUUGACUUCCAUAACAUGCAAUGUCUAGCUUUGGUCACCAUUGCUCUGUUCUUCAGAGCUAUUUUGUACCAUUUAUCAUCUGGAGAUGUAGUGCUUGAAUGGGACGACCUGGACAUGAUUCUAGGCCGCUUUAUGUUGUUGCAAUCCGAUGAAGGGAUUCAUAGAGUUAAGUUUUUGGAAGCCCGUCAACUUGUUUGGGGUCUAAAUAAUCAAAAGAUAGCAUUUGCAAGAGCUUGUUUAACUGCUAGAAUGGUGAACCGAACUCUUUUGAUGCCAAGCUUAAGUGCUUCACUUUUCUACAAGGAACCCGACAGUUUGCAGCCAGUUUUGUUCAAUAAUGUCUUCCGGUUCGAAAGGUUUAAUUCACUUCGUGAAGGGUUCAUUCGGUUAGCUCAUUACUCUGAUCUUAAGAAUCGAACCAGAGUAUACAAUCUCCGAGCAGUUGAAGCAAAUGGACUAAAAUGGACUGUUGAGAGAGACCUUGAGCAGUUGAAGCAAAGCAUCAUAAAUGGUCCUAUUGAAAUGCAUGAUGUGAUUCGAAUGGCUGGAAAGAAUCCAUUUCUUUGGCAUGACCAUUGGCCUGUUAAGGACUAUGCAAGGGUCUUUGAGUGGUUAGUGUUGGUUGAUGAGAUAUCAAAAGAAGCUGAUAAAGUUGUUUCCAAGAUUAGGCGGAUGGGAAGGCAGCUUAGAAGCGAACUCGGUGAGGGUUCUUCGUUGCAACUAGCUCCUUAUGUAACAGUCCAUGCGAACUCGGUGAGGCCAUGUUAUGCAUACAGUAUAGCAGCAGGGGAAACAAAUGGUCCUUAGAAAUGGAUGAC